ACAGAAGUCGUAACAAAAAUAUAUUAGGGUGAUUAAGAAUGACAGCAUCCAUUUUCACACCUUUGACAUGUGUCUUCUGGAUUCGUAGUAGCCGAAGUUAAAAAAGGCUGCAUACUCUUAGUGAAAUUUUAUUACCACUGACAUACAUUUCUGUAUGCAAUCGAUCGCGAUUUCCAUCGCCAUCGGUCAAGAUACAGGGACGGAUGCUGAGUUUCGGAACACGAUACUGUAAUCGAUUGUUUAACCGAGGUUGCCCGGAGUGAUUCAAAUUCGUCACACAUUUACCCCAUGACACUAUCCAGAUAAUGCCGAUUUUAUUGUAUAUUCUGUUGUCGCGCUGUCCAAAUGAUAGGUAACAAUUGAUGUAACAAUUGAUGUUAACAUGGAAGCCACAAGACUGAUUCGUGUUGACAUGAAGCACACCGCUAUCGAGGUGAAUCCUGUAAUAGCGGUCACACACGACGGCAAAUAUGCAAUUCAUUAAACAAGGCUGCGACUUUGUAGAGGCAUCAUGUUUGUCACCAUAGCUGUGUGCUCAUUCCUUCUGGGAGUGGGUCUCACCCUGCUCUCGAUCUACCUCAUCUAUAAGAGCCAGCUGCGUUUGAUGCCACAAGCAAACAUUCCACAUGUUCCCCAGUUUGCUCCCUAUAAAUUACCAAAGGAACUUUUGCAGCUGUUGAAAGACCCUGGUCAGCUUGGCAAGAAGGAAGAUUGCAUUUAUCUGAACCUGCUUUUUCAGUUUUUGUUCAAAGAACUGAAAGACUCCAAACGAAUAAGACAAUGGGCUGUAAAGAAGAUGAAUGUGGAGUUUGAGGAAAUGUUGCAGACUACAACUGGGAAGUUGAUUGAUCAGAUAUCGGUGAGAGAUUUCAGCAUGGGCAGCUCCUUUCCUGUACUCAAGUCUGUUGCUGUACAGAAGGCGAAGAUAGAACAGGAAGAUCAUCUGGAGGUGUUAGAUCUUGCCAUGGACAUAGACUACAGUGGGGGCUUCCAGUUAGCAGUAGAUAUUGACCUGGUAUUUGGAAAGUGGGCAUAUUUGUGUGUGACCAUUACCAGUCUGAAAGGCAUAGGCAGACUCCAAUUAUCACGCCAGCCAUACACUCACUGGUCAUUUUCCUUUUAUGAGGAACCACAAAUUGCCUUCAGUAUAGACUCAAGAUAUGGUGGCAAAGCUCUCCCUCAAAUCACAUCAUUAGUCAUUACUCAGAUAAAAAGAUCACUAAGAAAGAAACACAUAUUGCCGAACUAUAAGAUGAGAUUUCGGCCCUUUUUUGACCGCCCAGAAGAAUUCAAACCUGCAAAGGAAUUGAGAAUCCAUGGUAACAGGAUAGGUGAAGGUCAGCUACAGGUGACAAUAGUGGAGUGUAGCCGACUGUCCAUCACCGAGGUGCCGGCCAGCUGUCAGCUGUACUGUACACUCUCGAUAGAUAACAUGGAGUGGUCAGAGUUGGUAGAGUUAAAGAAGAAAGUAUGGGAUGUAUUGGACAUUGAAAUUGUCACAGAUCAUACAGCAUCUAUAGGUCUGAAUAUGAAGGAGGAUUUCCUCCUGGAAAAGUAUGAGGAUGUGGUGGUAGUGGAUAGUGUCAUAUCCAAGUCUCCGGCCGCUACAGCAGAUAUCAGAAAGGGGGACAUACUCAUAAGCGUGGGAACUUCGCGUGUCACUUCAUCAAAACAGGCCAAAAAGUUAUUUAAGAAUGCUGGUGACAGGUUUACUGUCCGCAUAGAGAGACCAAAGUCCAAGAGUCAACAGACCCAGGACAUGCCGCAGACAGAGGAGAGCUUCCUUUCAUUGGACGUAGACAGUGAUUCCGGUGGACGAGAAAAGUCAUGUGAUCAGAAAGAAGACUUUGUACACAUCAGCUUUAAAGACUAUGAGGACAAGAAAGUUCAACCAGUAACCAAGGAUGUUACAGAAAAACAAGGUCAAAUGGGGUUAAAGGACACUCCAGAAAAGAUGUCACAGAAGCAAGGGGUCAUGUCAUUGGUAAACACAGGGAAAGCAUUGUUACAGAGGAAGGUGAAAGGUCAAGGUGAUGGAGAAAAGGGAAAUGUUUCCUCAUCUUCUACAGCAGUGGAGACAACUGUGCGUACCACAAGGAGUUUCACUCAGACUCAGUCAGCCUCCUCCUCCCCUCGGAAGGAGGUCAACCUCAAAACUGUACGACAGCGGGCCCAUAGCGACACAGCACUCAUUAAUACGGUACAAGACGACCUUGAUGAUGAUGGAGGCAGUGAUGGAGAGGAUUUACCUGACCAGGAUGAUCAGUCAUGUGACCAGCACAAGACAGAGGAGGUCUCCUCCCGGCAGAACCCAAAGUGGAAUGAGAAGUUUAUGCUGCAUGUCGAUAAAGAUGCUUGCUACCUCAAUGUGUGUGUCUGGUGUAAAAUUCCUCCUAAACUCGACAAACAUUACAGAAUUAUAAAACCAGGCAAGGAGAUUCUUCUGGGACAUGUGAGUCUACCUGUACCUGAUAUAUGUCUCGAUUGUUUGAUGACGACACAAGGUGAUACUCAGCAUACAAUUCCCUUGGUACACACUGACCCCAGGGCUGGGGCAAGUCGCUCUAAAUUUUCUAACCUUGCAAGUCACAAAGGUUUUGAGCCAUCCCUCUGUCAUGGGGACAUAACUCUUGCAUUUUGGCACAAACCUGUCAAGAUGACAGACGUGGACAAGAAAAGGAUGACCAAAGUAAAACGGGAGAUCCACACAGAAUCUCCACCUCCAGAUCCACCACAAACCAUGGCUAGAGGGACCGACAAAGACAGCAUUAAAAAGAUUGAAGAGGGUAGACAUGAUUUUACUGGGACCAAUUUUAACACGGCAACUUAUUGUGAUUUUUGUGGAAGGAAGAUUUGGUUGAAGGAAGCAUUCCAAUGUUACACCUGUUCCAUGAUUUGUCACAAGAAAUGCAUGGAAAAGUGCCAGGCUCAGACACUGUGUACAAUACAUGGACCAAAGGUACAAGGAUACCCGUCACAGGCAUGGAAAGCCCCUAUUACUCGGGCAGAGGCUGAGCGCAGGAAGGCCAAGGAGGGAGCUGUACAGAAGACUGGAGGAUUGCUAAGUAAAUUCCGCAAGGACAGCAGUCUAGAGAGAAAACAGGCUGCUGCCACACUGAAAUCUCCCUCCCCAGAGCGACUUGUUGUUCCACAAUCCUCCCCUAACCUGUCCCCACAGCUAAGUCCCCAGUUUUUACGUCGGCGAAACUCUGCCCCUGCCCCAGACAAGGACGGUGGGGCGGAGGUGGAGAAACAGAACUCUUCAGAGUCAUGGCUUACGGACAGUUCACCUUCCCUUCCUCACACGCGAUCCAGCACAGCCAUACAGUCUCUCACUAGCAGCCUGUCCAACUCUGACAUGAUCUUCAAGGAAAAGGAAUUAUUUGAUAGCUCGGAUGAAUCUGACGGAGAAAUGGCUGCAGAACUGCAAGAACGUAUGGCUAAAAUGAAAAAGGUCAAAGGUCAAAACAACCUAGACGAAAUGGUUGUUAUGGCUGCCAAGGAAAUGGGAAAGGAACUAUUUGCUGAACUCUCAUUGGAGGAAAGGAAAGAAAAGCUUGACAACAUGGUAAUGAAAUUACAGAAGGAGAUCGACAAAGAGUCUGAGAAUAAAACAGAGCUGCUGAGGCUGGAACAGGAAGUGACAGACGCAGCCCAUAAGGACAACAUAUACAAACGCAUUGCCAAGUCAGAUGAGAAGGUGGAGGCUCUGAUGAUGAUGAUGUUACACUACUGUGCUGGUCUACAGUACUGUCUGGACCAGGAAGGAGAAGACCGACAGAAAACUAAGUCGACAAUGGAACCAAUCAUGGAUGAGCUUGUUGUUACAGAAAUUCAGAAAGUAGACUCAACGUCAUCAGAGUCUGAAAAGGAGGCUUCAUUGACAGAGGCAGUACAGAAAAUGAGUGGUCAGUCAGUUUUUGAUCAGAAAAGUUCAGAUGGGUUCUUGUCAGAAAACCCAGAAACAGACCUCUGUAGGGGCACUGAACAUACCCCAGCUAUAAGAAUCAAGGGGGCAGAAUUUGGAGCUCACUUUAAGAGUUCUGAUAAGACAGUAAUGUUUACAGUAGACACUGAUGAUGAGGACUUUGGUGCAGACAGUGCUAUUUUGACAUGUACUGCAGCAUCUGAUGACUAUCUGGAAUUAGAUGAGGAUGAGGAUGAUGAGGGAGAAGAUGACAGGGAUGAGACUUUGUCAGAACAACUUCCUGUCUUUGAUAUAAGAGAUGAGGAUGUUGAAGUUACGUCUGUGAAAGAUAAAAUAAUCUAGUAUUAUAAUAACAUUAUAUUUAUUUACUAUUUACAUGAAACCUCAAGUGUUGUAUUCAAAGACAGGCUGGAAUAUUUUGUUUUAUUUUUAUGAUAGAUAUACAAUUAACAUCUCACCAGGACCAACAAAUUCAAAAAUUCCAUCACUCCAAUCCUCAUGUCAGGACAUGAGUAGCCAUUUGUACACCAGAACCUGUAUUGGAUUUGUGAUGUGAUGUCUCUGUGAUGUCUCUGUGAUGUUUCAGUGAUGUCUCAGUGAUGUCUGUGAUGUCUCAGUGAUGUCUCAUUGAUAUCUCUGUGAUGUCUCAGUGAUGUCUCUGUGAUGUCUCAA